CACCUCCACGGUCCACGGUUACUUCCUGGUGCCACAGAGAGAGGCAGUGCUGAGUUAAAGAGACAGAAAUACUGAUAGAAAUUCAGAUAGAAAAAAACAGAGAGGAGAAGAGAGGGCUUGGAGACGCGAUAGGAACAGUUGACUGGAUUCCCAGAAAUUUAAGACCCUCUCUGUCUCUCCCUAUUUAUAUAUAUUUUUUCAUAUUCCGUUAUCUGAACCGAGUCGUUAUUCUUCGUUGGUUUGUGAACUAACACACGGUUUGGAUGACGGUUGGCUGCGGCUAAAGCGGAAUUGUAACGGGGAACAUAUUCCUCCCUCCGACGGAGAAGCCUCGCAGAGAUUUGUCCCUUUUUUUUCUUACAGUAGAGUCAUUUUUGUAUUAUUUUAGCCACCCGGGUGUUAUUAUAUAUUUUUUGACGAUUUCGCAAGGAAGGGUUCGGGCGACGGAAGAUGGGUUGUUUGGGCAACAGCAAGACUGAAGAUCAACGCAUCGACGAAAAGGCACAACGAGAGGCUAAUAAAAAGAUAGAAAAACAGUUACAAAAGGAGAGACAAGCUUAUAAAGCCACACACAGGCUCUUAUUACUGGGUGCGGGAGAGUCCGGAAAAAGCACCAUUGUGAAGCAGAUGAGGAUUCUACACGUCAACGGCUUCAACGCAGAAGAAAAGAAACAGAAAAUCCAAGAUAUUCGGAAAAACGUAAAGGAUGCCAUAGUGACUAUAGUGUCUGCGAUGAGCACUUUAAUACCCCCUGUCCCGCUAGCCAACCCAGAGGACCAAUUCAGAAUCGAGUACAUCAAAAGCAUAGCACCUCUCUCUGACUUUGACUAUUCACAGGAAUUCUUUGAUCACGCAAAGAAGCUGUGGGAUGACGAAGGAGUGAAGGCCUGCUUCGAGAGGUCCAAUGAGUACCAACUCAUCGACUGUGCACAAUAUUUUCUGGACAGAAUUGACUCUGUAAGACAGAGUGACUACACACCCACGGACCAGGACCUGCUACGCUGCCGAGUGUUAACUUCAGGGAUUUUCGAGACGAGGUUCCAAGUAGAUAAAGUGAACUUUCACAUGUUUGAUGUUGGGGGCCAGAGAGAUGAAAGGAGAAAAUGGAUCCAGUGCUUUAACGACGUCACUGCUAUCAUCUUUGUGGUGGCCAGCAGCAGCUACAAUAUGGUAAUAAGGGAAGACAAUAACACCAACAGGCUACGGGAAGCCCUGGAUCUCUUCCGCAGCAUUUGGAACAACAGAUGGUUACGCACUAUAUCGGUCAUAUUAUUCCUGAACAAGCAGGACAUGCUGGCUGAGAAAGUAUUAGCUGGAAAAUCCAAAAUUGAAGACUACUUCCCUGAAUAUGCUCGCUAUACCAUACCAAAUGAAGCAACUCCUGAACCCGGUGAAGACCCAAGAGUGACGAGAGCUAAGUUCUUCAUCCGAGAUGAGUUUCUUCGGAUCAGCACUGCGAGCGGUGACGGCAGACACUACUGCUACCCCCACUUCACCUGCGCCGUGGACACAGAGAACAUCCGGCGGGUGUUCAAUGACUGCCGGGACAUCAUCCAGAGAAUGCACCUGCGGCAGUACGAACUCUUGUGAUGGGACCGCCUCCGUCAGCCUUCUGUGUUUUAUUUUAUUUUAUUUUAUUUUAUUUUAUUUUUGUUUGUUUGUUUUUUCUCCACCAUUCUGCAUCCUUGAUGAACCCUUCCUCCUCCUCCUUCCUCCUGAAGCCUCCACCACACCUCCCCCAAAGAAACCUUCAACAACCCCACACCCACCUGACCACCCCUCCUGUCGAGGACUAUGAAGUACUACUGAAGUGUGUCAAAUCCUCUUCCUCUUCUUAACUUCUUAGCUUUUUAUACUUCUUGUUUUUGAGACCGAUUCAUCCCAAUUUCACCGACGUAACAGGAAGGUUGGGGAACAAAGCUGUUGUGUGCCGCUGGUUAUUUUUUCUUUUAAUCCUAAUUCUUUUGAAAGCCUUGAUUUUUGUCAUUCCACUAAGCCUUGGGCUACCUCCUUAUUAUUAUUAUUAUUAUUAUUAUUAUUAUUAUUAUUAUUAUUAUUAUUAUCAUUAUUAUUAAUAUAUAUUUUUUUGCCCCUUGGUGUCCUUCAGUUUUUUUCACAUUGGCUUUGGACCUGAACUGGUGGGUGUGGAUACAUAAAACACACCCACAGGACCUCGGUGUAGAGGCAGCGUGUGUGUCUGUGUGUGAUCAAGUCAGAACGAAGGAAGACAAGUAGGAAUGCCAUGUGACUGAGCGCAUGUGUGUGUUUAUGUUUGUGUGUCACCUGCCGGUUAAAGCCGGCAUCACCACCAUGACCUUUGACCCUUUUUCGUCUGUUCCCUCCCACCCUCCACCUCCCCUCACCUCUCUCCGAUCGCUAAUAGUUCCUCCGCUUCUCCUCCUCUCCGCAAAAAUGAAGAAAAAGCAGAGGGGAAGGCUACAGGACGGAGGAGUGGAUGAAGAGAUAAAUGCACUUUGCAUCAGGUUCCUUAAUAACUUUUUUUGUUGUUGUUUUUGUUUUUUUGGGUUUUUUUUCUCCAGAGGAAGCAUACACACAAUGUAGCAUCACAAUAUUUAUUACCCUGUCACGUUUUAGCUUGCCGAGCUGCAGGGUGGACCAAGCAGCUGAGAGACAUGCGGAGCAAAAAGAAAAGGAGUGGGGAGGUGGGGGGCAGGAAAAUGUUGACGACACGAAGAAGGAUUUAAAAAAACAAAUGAAGGAAAAGGGACUGAGCUUUCUGCACCUUAGCCCUGCCGCGGCUCUCUGUCUCUUCUCUUGGCCCAGAAAGAGCUGCCUCCUCCACGGACUCGGACCUGCCUCCUCCUUUUUCCACACAAAACCAUCCUUUUAGCUUAGAGAUACUGGGGUGGGGUGGGGGGACGGGAGAGAAAAAUGUAUUGUCCUCUAUGUUUUUGUUUGGUUUAUUUUUUCUUUUUUUUUCUUUUUUUUUUUUUGUUCUUUUGGGUUUUGUUUUUGGUUAACUUGUACACUGUGCAAGGUUGAAUUAUCCUGUACAGACUGUAAAAUGUAAUAUUAUUUUGUACAACUUAAUUGAAAGAAAAACAAAUCUACUUGUAGAUCUUUGUGCCUUGAUUAUGGCUGUACCUGUAAAUGAGCUCAGAUGUAAGUAUGUUUUCGACUGCGCUGUACAGCUUGAUGUCAAAACUCUAUCGGCAGCGGAAGACUGCGGGUAGGGGACUUUCUCUGUAGAGUUUAGUUUUUUCUGGUUUAUAAAAAAAGGAAAUGCUGUUUAGUAAAAAAUAAAAAAAUAGGGAAAAAAUCCUAAAAACCUGUAUACAUUAUGCAAAUUAACCACUUACCUGCAGUGAAGACCAGAUGUUGCAGCGCCAUGCCUUUUUUUUCUUUUUUUUUUCUUUUUGUUUUUUUCCUCUUUAUUUUCUUUUUUCUUUGAAUUUUUUUUCUUUUUUGUUUAUCUUCUUUUUAAAUUUCACAGCUUUAAACAAACAUUGGAAAUCCAUUGAAAGUGUCCAAAUUGCAACCUGGUGUUGUUUUAAUAGGAACCAACGUUUUUUCGAUAUGAAGUGUGUCUGAGAUCUGUACUGAUGUGCGUGCCUGUGCGCAUGUGUACAUAAAACAAACAUAGACUCACAGACGCAUUGUGUGUGUGCGCGUGUGUGUGUGAGCGCGAGUGUGCAUUGUGUGUAAAAUUUUAUAAAUGUAUGUACAUGUAAAUUUAUAGGUCUAUAUAAAUAUAUAUGUACAAUUAUACAUGUUUAAUUAUGUGUGUGCCUAGGUGUACAUACCUAUGUAUGUAUACGGUAAAUAUGUAUACAUACACACAUAGGAAAGCAUGUUUAGAAUGGAGAUGAAUAAAUGAGAGCGUGCAAUAUUAGUAAUUCUUUGGUCCUUUGGAGCCAUACCCAAUGGCACAGGCACUAUGAAUGUGUGAACAGCACCCAACAAGACAAACUCUUCUCCUUGUACAAACAGCAUCAGCCUUUUCUUCUGCUACAGUACACGUCUAUCCCCAAAAGAGAGUGAACUGACUGGAGGUGCAAAACCCUUGUUUGGCCUGGGAGGAUGAUUAAAUGACAUUUUUAUUUUCUUUAAAUAAAGAGGCACAUUAGAGGACUUUGCUUUAUUUCCA